AUCAAAUCGAGUAAACCGCACCGUUCCUACCAACAUUCGCCACCGCCCGCCGCCGCCAUGUCCGCCGACCGCGACCACAUCACCCCCCUCGCCACCGCCGCCGCCGACCGCCCCACCAGCGAUGAGGAGGAUCCCAACACCACGAGUACCCGUCGGCCCUCCUCCCGCCGCCGUCGCUGCCUCAUCUGCUGCGGCUCCUGCACCGCCCUCGUCGCCGUCAUCGUCAUCGUCCUCGUUAUCAUCGUCCUCACCGUCUACAAGGUCAAGGAACCAGUCAUAACCAUGAACUCCAUCUCCAUCAAAAACCUCAAAUUCAAGACCGGCUCCUCCCUCACCUCCCCAGUCUCCCUCAACAUGACGGUGGUCGCCGACGCCUCCGUCAAGAACCCAAACGCCGCCUCCUUCCGGUUCGGGAAGAGCACCACCGAUGUCUACUACCGGGAGCGGGUGAUGGGGGUGGGCUAUGGACCCCCGGGGACGGCGGGGGCCCACAAGACGUUCCCGAUCAAGGUGACGGUCGACGUGAUAGCCAACCAGCUUCUGGCCGAUCCGCUGGAUCUGAUCGGCGAUCUGGCCGCCGGGAAGCUGGACUUGACCACGUCGACCAAAGUCGGCGGAAGGGCGACGGUUUUUCUGAUCAUCAAACGCCAUGCGGAUGUGAUGAUGAACUGCAGCUUCACCGUGGCCGUCUCCAACAUGUCGAUUUUGGAUCAGAGUUGCAACCAGCGCGUGCGGCUAUAAUUUAUGAUAGAUUUGGUAUGGAUUUUAGAUCAAUACGCUUAUAGAUUUGAAGUAGAAACAUUUCGAUAGAUGUCAACUAGCUCAGAAAUAGGUGAGGCGAGAUCCGAAUACAUGUAUGUACACACUAUACCUCGAAAUUAUGUGAGGCUGGAAUAUCCAUCCCUAUAGAUUUGUACCUAGGAUUUCACUAUGUUUAUCGGAUGUGGUUAUAGCUACGGAUUACUAAUAUACGAUAUAUUUUGCUUUUUCUAGACAUACC